GUUUUUAUUGUACUGACCGGAAGAAGGAGCGGGCUCGGACUUUUGGAGACAGCUCGAGUGCGAGGAGACGAGCGGCGCGAGAAAAAGCUCAUUGUGGAGGAAAAUAAAAGAGUGCAGGCUCGAGGGAGGGAGAGAAAAUGUCAGACUGGAUGCUCUGAGAAAGCAGAGUCGGUAUCCAACUUCAUGUCUUUGUUGGUGGAGCUGAGGAUUUUACCUUUACCUGAGUGAGGAAGGUUAAAGGAGAAAACGGGACACUGGUUGUGGUGAGGGGGAUUUUCGGGAGCGUUCCAUCCUCCUGCUUUUGUUCCAGUUUUCUCUGUUUUUCAUUUUGCGAGGAGAUGAAAGAGAAAAAGAUAGGAACACAAGGGAUGGCCCUGUGUAGCCCAUGGCGGGUAGCAGUUGCUGUGGGUUUGACUGUGGUUGUACUGGGAGCACUGGGAGCUGCCAUCUGGGCCCUGGUAACCUACUUAAGGACAGCAGAAGACACAGGAUUAUACGACGUGCAGGUGAGCGCGGCGGAUCAGAGGCUGCGGGUAUUCGACUCGGUUCAGAGGAGGUGGAGACACGUCUGCUCCUCCAACGCCAAUCAGCUGCUGGCUGCCAUCAGCUGUGAGGAGAUGGGCUUCGUCAGGGCAAUAAACUUCUCAGUCACCUGCGCUUCUGAAAGCAGUCACGAGUUCUUCUGUGUAAAGGAGAGCGAGUUAACGUACGGCAAGAAGAUUAGCACCGCUCUGUAUCCGUGCAAAUGUGAAAAAGGACAGGUUGUUGAAGUUCUUUGUCAAGAAUGUGGGCGUCGGAUGCUCCCUGAGGAGCGUAUUGUAGGCGGGGCUGACGCUCGGCAGGGCUCCUGGCCGUGGCAGGUCAGUCUGCAGUACGAUGGGGUUCAUCAGUGUGGAGGAUCCAUCAUAUCCGACCGCUGGAUCGUCAGCGCUGCACAUUGUUUCCCUGAGAGAUAUCGUCAUGUGUCGAGGUGGAGGGUGCUGAUGGGCUCCAUCUACAACACCCCCAUCCAUAAGAACGUGGUGAUCGCUGAGGUGAAGACGGUGGUCUAUCACAGCAGUUAUUUACCCUUUGUAGAUGCUAACAUUGAUGACAACAGUCGUGACAUAGCCGUCCUGGCCCUGACCAAACCACUGCAGUUUAAUGACUAUAUCCAGCCAGUGUGUUUACCGACCUAUGGCCAGCGGCUGGUGGACGGCCAGAUUGGAACAGUGACCGGGUGGGGAAAUGUGGAGUAUUAUGGCACCCAGGCGAACAUUCUGCAGGAAGCCAAUAUCCCCAUCAUAAGCGAUGCCGUCUGUAACGCCCCUGAUUAUUACGACAACCAGGUCACCUCCACCAUGUUCUGUGCUGGAUAUGAGAAAGGAGGAACCGAUUCAUGCCAGGGGGACAGCGGCGGCCCCUUUGUGGCAGCCGACUGCCUGUCUAAGACCAGUCGCUACAGGCUGCUGGGGGUGGUGAGCUGGGGAACAGGCUGCGCCAUGGCAAAGAAACCCGGCGUCUACACCAGAGUCUCCCGCUUCCUGCCCUGGAUAUCCAGCGCCAUGAGGACGUAUGAGAAUUCCCCAGGAGUCCACAAAAUGGCCCGAGCAGCCACGGCAUAGCCCACCAAAGACUUGAACUUUUCUUAAGAGACAGAGAUCAAAUCUACUGUGUCUCGUCAUGAAGGACAUAGUGAUGUCCCCAAGACCACCAGAGUCGACCACUUUGACAAAAAGGAGCCAAGUACCCUCUUCUUCUGUGGCCUUAACAUAACUCUGUCUUGUACAUUUCACUCAAAUCUAUCUAAAUAUGAUUCAACUGAUUUAAAACGAUCCCCUCAAGCGAAAACAAGUGAAACACUGGGUCUUUUAUUAUAAGCUAUGCAGUUUAAUGUAUGCAUUUACAGUAUAACUGUAAAUGUAGCUUAUGAGGCCAGUUUUAUCCAAAGAGGUCCAUAUUCAGCAGUUACUCAUUAAACAUUCUUAUAGAUAAGAAUAUAGAUUUUAAAGAUAAUAAUGUCAGUUUUGUUUACUACCAGUAAAAAAAAUAACAUUAUGUUAAAUUCAGUGGCAAAGGAGCUUAAUUUGAAUGGAAGUGUAGUAUAAACUUGUGAGUGGACUUAUGAGUUACUUUUAUGUGAAAUGUCUGAAGAGAUGUACUUAAGUCCAUGUGAACCCUUAGUUAUAGUGCAGUAGAUGUGCACUAUACAGUAGGAUACAAGGCCAGAUUAGGGCUUUAUUGAGCCAUAGGUUACAUAUAGAAAAUACGAAAGUAUGUAUACUGUAUAUACAGCUCUGGAAAACAUUAAGAGACCACUUAAAAUUGAUAUUUUCUUUGAUUUUACUAAAUAGUAAUCCUCUGGAAUAUAAUCAAGAGGAAGAUGGAUGAUCACAAGCCAUCAAACCAAGCUGAACUGCUCGAAUUUUUGCAGCAGGAGUAAAGGCAUAAAGUUAUCCAAAAGCAGUGUGUAAGACUGGUGGAGGAGAACAUGCCAAGAUGCAUGAAAACUGAUUAAAAACCAGGGUUAUUCCACCAAAUAUUGAUUUCUGAACUCUUAAAACUUUAUGAACAUGAACUUGUUUUCUUUGCAUUAUUUGAGAUCUUUUUUGUUAUUUCAGCCAUUUCUCAUUUUUUGCAAAUAAAUGCUCUAAAUAACAAUAUUUUUAUUUGGAAUUUGGGAGAAAUGUUGUCUGUAGUUUAUAGAAUAAAACAACAAUGUUAAUUUUACUCAAACAUAAACCUAUAAAUAGCAAAAUCAGAGAAACUGAUUAAGAAAUUGAAGUGGUCUCUUAUUUUUUUUCUAGAGCUAUAUAUUGUAUGUGUAUGGAUAAUAUAUACUAAGGUGGAGUGUGCAAUGAGAAAGGCAAUGAGAUUAUACUGUACGCAUCAUAAAGAAGCCUGUAUAUUUCACAUACAGGUAUUUAUGGCUGUGAGUUAAAUUUUUUGGACAUCAUGGAUCAGUAGUAAGUAAGUAAAAGCAAUUGGCUACAGUGUUCAUAUCCUUUUUUCCCUUUUUAUUAUUGGACGUGGAAGGACAGGCACUAAUAUAUAAAGAAGUAAACCAAAGACUGCUUUGUUUAGCAGCAGUAGUGUGGAUGUGGCAGUCAGUAUUUCCGCUUUAUAUUGUGUUGAGUUUUUGUAAAUAUUAGUAGCUUCAUUACUGUGUUUAAUUGUUGAUGAGUUGUGUGUCUGAUUGUGUUAUGGGCUGCUACACUGCUGUAAUUUAGAUGUUCUACUAGAACAAGCUACAUCACAGUGAGAUAUUUAAAAGAAUAUGUUAGCAUUAGCUCUUAAAGCUAAUUCAGAAUACACUGCACAAUCAAAAUGGAUUAUAAUGGAAAAUGAAAAGCUGAACUUUUUGCCUAUUUAAGUUUUCUGAUGUGCUCUGAGCUGAUGUUCCCUUUCCAUGAUUUCCUAUGUAUAGUCACUUUCUCAAAAAAAAUCUCCUUUUUUGUCAGUGUUCUUCUAUAAAUCUGAAAAAAGUGAAUCUGUCAGUUGAAUGACCGACAGGAAAUGCUCUAAAAUGACUGGAAAACAGUUUUAAGUUACUUCUCCUGUACUUUUCCUAUUUAGGAUAUACAAAGUUUUUGCAUGGAAGCAACAGUAUGGUUCUCAUUUCACUGUCAGCUGUACCUGAUGAUGAUGUAUCAGUAACAAUACCUUUUCACCAUAUGCACUUUUUUCUCCUUAUUAUUCAUAAAACUGCAGUAAUUGAUAGGAAUGUAUGUACAUGACUGAAAUUCAAACUGCUUACCUCUGACUGAUACACUGAUUAGAAUAAUGUAUGUUUUGAUAUUUUAAAUGUGAAUGUUACAAACAUGAUGUUGAGCAUUGAAAUAAAGUCUUAAUUUUGAAUAAAAAAA